CUCCUCACUGCUCCUCACAGCUCCUCACUGCUCCUCACAGCUCCUCACUGAUCCUCACUGCUCCUCACUGCUCCUCACAGCUCCUCACUGAUCCUCACAGCUCCUCACUGAUCCUCACAGCUCCUCACUGCUCCUCACUGCUCCUCACAGCUCCUCCCUGCUCCUCACUGCUCCUCACUGCUCCUCACUGCUCCUCACAGCUCCUCACUGCUCCUCGCAGCCCCUCACUGCUCCUCGCUGCUCCUCACAGCCCCUCGCUGCUCCUCACUGCUCCUCGCUGCUCCUCACAGCCCCUCGCUGCUCCUCACAGCUCCUCACAGCUCCUACCUGCUCCUCACAACUCCUCCCUGCUCCUCACAACUCCUCCCUGCUCCUCACUUAUCCUCACAGUCCCUCACUGCUCCUCACUGCUCCUCACAGCUCCUCCCUGCUCCUCACAACUCCUCACUUAUCCUCACUUAUCCUCACUGCUCCUCACUGCUCCUCACUGCUCCUCACAGCUCCUCACUGCUCCUCACUGCUCCUCACUGCUCCUCACAGCUCCUCACAGCUCCUCAAGCUGUUGUUCUGCUUCCUCCUCUUCUUCUCUCUCUCUCCAGCUGGAGCUCCAGUCAUGCUGUGUGUUCCUCCCCAACGACAGCCUCCCUUCUCCCAGCACCAUUAUCUGUGGCGACAUCCCUGGUACUGUCCGUAGCUGGUACCACAACCAGGCCACCAUGCCUGGGACUCUGGUAGUCUGUCUGCCCCAGAUCACUGUCCUGUCUGCUGGACACAAAUACAUGGAGCCCCUGCAGGACCUGCCCUUCAUGGUGUCCAGGACUGUACUGGAGGAAGGUGAUGCCUUCCCCUGGACACUGACCCUGAGUCAGUUCAGUGUCUACACCCUAUUGGGUCAGCAGCGGUCUCUGAGUCUCCUCCAACCAAUGGGCUGCACCUCCACCCUGGCCGUCACCUCCCACAAGCUGCAGGCUGCGGGUCCCGACGGACGACACGCCUUCAUCGUCUGUCUUCACGUGGACCUGGAACCUCUGAGCAUCAAGAUCUCCAACCCCCAGGUCCAGUUGCUGUAUGAGUUGUUCCUGUCCUGGAGUUCAACGUGGACCCGUCUGGAGAAGAGGGUCGUCCUGCGUCAGACCUCCACUAUCCCAGAACCCCCCACUGGGCCGUCGCCCUCCUCCCCCGUCCGCUCCAGCGCCGGUACCGUUCUCCCAGACACCAGCACCUGCUCCCCCUCCACUGAGUUUGGAUCCCCCACCGAGGGCGACUCUGUUCCGGCCGGUGACGACUCUCCGUUCUCCGCAGCGGUAACCUUAGAGCAGAAGACCAACAGUAUAGGAGGCGCCAGAAAGGUCAGCCUCUGGAUGCAGUGGAUGGUGACUAGAGUCACCGUCAAACUGUUCGCUCCCGACCCCAACGCCAAAAACACAGAGAUCUGUGUGAUCAGUGAGGCUGAGGAUAUCAGUGCAUCAGUGGAUGUUCAGAAUGUUUACACCAAGAUCAAAUGUAAAGUGGGCAGCUUCAACAUGGACCAGUACCAGACCAGGCCUGGUGAGGGCUGCUGGCACUGUGGCCGUCAUGAAGGCUUCAUCCUACAGUCCAAGGACACAGCUGUGACAGCAGCCAAGGUCCUGGAGGUUUCCUCUCACCAGCAGCACGGAUUCCUGUCCAUCACUUACACCCAGGCGGUCACCAGAAACGUCCGCCACAAGCUGACCACGCGUCUGGAAGGAUCGGGGUCUCGCGGGGCCCAGCGGCUAGCGGAGGGCCCGGCUGACGGGUCUCCCCACUACCUGAGAGAGGUCCUGUUGACCGCCCGACCUUUCGACCUGGUUCUCUCCUGCCCCUUACUGGCCACCGUAGCCGGGGUGUUCCACGCCUCGCUGCCACGACGAUACCGGGACCUCGGCAAAACGGCGGGCCAGCCGAUGAGAAGUCACGCCCUGACGUCGCGCAGCCUGCCGCUGCUAUACGUCAACACAUCAGUGAUCAGGGUGUUUUGUCCCGGGAACCAGGACAGACAGGACAGACAGGACAGACACACAGAACCCCACCUGAGGAGAGAGAGAGAGGACACUCUGGUACUGAAGAUAGGAUCUGUCAGCAUGGCUCCUCAGGCAGAUAACCCUCUGACCAGAACCGUGCUGCGCAACGACAUCUACCAGCGAGCGUUGAACCUGGGCAUCCUGCGUGACCCGGGGUCGGAGGUGGAGGACCGUCAGUACCAGCUGGACCUGCAGUCCAUCAACAUCGGUACCGCCCAAUGGGAGCAGCUCAAACCAGAGAAGGAGGGGUCUAAAGGGGGCGUGUCCACCGAGACAGAGAGGAACUCACAGAACCCUGCCCUGGAAUGGAACAUGGCCAGCAGUAUCAGGAGACACCAGGAGAGAAGAGCCAUCCUAACCCCCAUCCUGACUGACUUCUCUGUCAGAGUGACAGCAGCACCUGCCAUCAUAUUCAGCAAGCCCAGAUCCCCUGACAACAGACAAGUGGAGGAAGUGAUGGUGUGUGGUCACUCCCUGGAGGUGAAUGUAACAUCUAGUCUGGAGUUCUACCUCAGUGUGGCCCAGGUCCACCUGCUGCAGCGGCUGUUCCAAGCCAACAUGGUGGAAGGACAGGCCCCAGAGAAGACCAGCCAGGUGAGAGACAGAGAGAGAGAGAGAGAGAGAGAGAUAGUCACAUCCGUACUCAGGUAAACAAAGUCUUCUGUGUCCCAUUGCUGGGCAAGUUAGACACCGAACGUGUCACAUGCAAACCAACAACAGGUGAAGAGGUC